CGUAAGGCUCGUGACGUUUCUGGGUGAUUCCCGUCAGGCUGAUAGACUGGCUUUAGCAUUAAGCAUAGGCAACAGGAGAGCGUAGGGCGGCUCGUAAACAUGGCUUUGAAUCGAAAUCAUACGCAUAACGGCAACGUGUUGAUAAACAACGGAGAGAGUGUUUUAAGGGAGUGCAAGAAUGUGGAGCUGUCAUUCAGUGAUGUCACCUGCAAGACAGAUCUGCUGAAGGGGACCAAGAAGGGCACGGUGUACCUCACACCAUACAGGUUGGUGUUUGUAUCCAGUAACACCAAGGACUGCCUGGGUUCAGCCAUGUUCCCCUAUUACCUGAUGAAGGGCUGCAGCAUUGAGCAGCCAGUCUUUGCAGCCAACUACAUUAAAGGGACAGUGUCUGCUGAGCCCGGUGGUGGCUGGGAGGGUCAGGCACAUUUCAAGAUGUCAUUCCCCAGUGGAGGAGCCAUAGAGUUGGGACAGCACCUCUUCAAACUGGCCACAAAUGCUUCUCGUGGCGCUCCGGUGCAGAAUGGAGCUGCAGCCUACGGUUACCCUUCACCUGGUAUGAUGAAUGGCUAUGGCCCACCUCCACCUGCUCCUCAGGGCUAUCCCUACCCACCACCUCCCCAGCAGAAUGGCUUCUACCAGGGGUCUCCCCCUGCUGCUGGCAACGUGCCCUACUCUUAUCCACCACCUGCUGCUGCAGGAAUGUACCCAUCUGGUUUUGACUACAUGGCCCCUCCUCCCCCGUACCCUGGGCCACCACAAAAUUGGGCUGCACCCUCUCAGAACUGGACAGCACCACCACCACAACCACCUCCAGGUAACGCCAAGGCGGCCGAAGCAGCAGGCAGCGCAUAUUACAAUCCCAGCAAUCCACACAAUGUCUACAUGCCCAUGGAGCGACCUCCACCGUAUGCACCUUCUUCAAACUUCCCUGAAAAGAAAAACAACUGAAACGUGGGCAACGUCACUUCCAAGACACUCCUCUCUCGCAUCCUCUGUAUCCUAAAUAAAUUCUAAAGUGAAGUUUUUCUUUUUUCUUUUUGUAGACUGCAAUAAGGUAAUGCAAUUAAUAUAGGGGUUAAAAAGAUGUCAAUUAAAAUUUCCCAAUGAGAGAUUGUUUUUAAUUUUUUUGGGAAGGACUAUAAAUGGAACAGCUAAUGACGUUUUAGUGUUUUCCAUAUUACAUCAAGUCAUUUAAAUGGUGGACAACUCGUAAAGCAACAGUCGGGAUUCAUUUUUUUCUGUCUGAUUCUUCAGCACCUACGCAGGGACUCGUGCAGUGUCCCAGCUGGAAUGGGGGGGAAGGAUUUGGAGAAUGUAUUUUUAAAGACAGAUUUGUUACCAAAACUUUUUGUAGCAGUUUAUUGAUUGCAGUUCAUGUAAUUAUUAAUAAUAUCAGCUUCUACUAAGAACAGUUAUGUAUGAUUGCAAGUGCAUUGUGUUUCCCCAUUAUAGCUUUGUAGUUAUUUCCCACAUAAACAAAACAGAACUGUGUUCAUUUAUGUUCAGCGACACAAUAACUGACUGAUUCUCAUACUAUGGCUCGCACAGACACGCAGACUGGUGACCAGUAUGAUCCUGUACUCAGUCUAAGUAACUUCAUUCAUGGUAUGACCUUAAACUCCCAGUGCUAAUUGAGUAUCUUUACAGGGUGGUUAUCAAAAAGAGUUGCGUAAUGUUCAGAAAGCUGUUCAGAAAGAUUUCUUAUGAAAUGAGUCUGUGUAUGUGCAAUAUUUCAGCCUUGCAUAACGGCGUUACAGGUCACCUGCGGGGUUAUCUGAAUGACCUUGUGCUGUACUCUGAGCUUCUGUUCUGUUGCUGUAUGCAGAGCCAAGCUGAAACCAGAGCUCUUCUCCUUCAGUAAUUAACCUAGUGUGAGGUUACAGGUUACACUGAUUUAUUAAGGCUCACCAGUAUUUUGCCUGCAGGUGAAGCUUCUGAGUGCAGACCGUUAUCCCUGAUUCUGCUCGGUGUGCAUCAUUUAGCACCCGUUUGAAGGUCUUUUUGCGCAUAGUUGUGGUGGUUAGAGGGUUUUUUUUUUCCUUUUAGGUAGAUUUAAUCAAAUGCCUGUAUAUUAACAUCUCUUUUCUUAUUCUUUUUGCUGAAUUUGUCAAAAAUCUAAUAAAUGUCAAUUAUUAAAUUUC